GAAAAGGUAACUAUUGGACUCUGGAUCCAAACUGUGAGAAAAUGUUUGACAACGGGAACUUCCGUCGGAAGCGAAAGCGACGCUCUGAAGCCAGCGCUAGUUCCUCGGCCGCAGCAGCGGUGGGGACAUCAAAAUCAGAAGAAGGACUGGGGGCUGGCGAGGGCAGGAAGCCAGAAGGAGACAGCCCCUCUUCCCAGCUGCGGCUCCCGCAGUCCCCGGAGCCCCUGGAGGGCACCAAGAGUACUGCGUCCUCCCCGGGCUCCUCCCUGCUCAGCUCCACGCCCUGCCUCAACACCUUUCUCAGCAGCCUCAGCACCCUGAGUGGUGGCAGCGGCGGCGGCACCCAGCGGUCCUUUCCCGGCAGCCGCCACCUGGGCAUCCAGGGCGCCCAGCUGCCCCCCAGCAGCCCAUUCCCCUCCACCUCCAUCCCUGAGGCCUCCUCCGACACCUUGCAGCUGAGUGGUGGCACCAGCAGCAGCCAGCGACCUUCCUAUUACAGCCCUUUCUCCGCCAGCAGCACCAGCACAGGCCAGAGCAGCCCCUUCAGCAGCCCCUUCUACAACUUCAGCAUGGUUAACAGCCUCGUCUACCCCCGGGAGGGCUCGGAGGUGUAGAGACAGAGAGAGCCUGCACUUGAAGCAAGUUUCUGAGCGGUCCUGUGUGUGGUCUGGGGAAGCAGAGAACGCCUAACUCCAAGGAGCUUGUCCAGGUGUCUCUGGAUCGAUGCAGACACAGGUAGCCUGUGAGCCCCGUGUGGGCUGGGACCACCUCUGUUCUGUUUGUCACUAUUCCAGCAGCUCCAAAACAUAAGCCAGUGGAGUUCCUGACUGCGAGGACCACAGCAGCUGCACCUGAAGCAGUAGAGAGAGGUCGGCUGAAGCCUGCCCUGAGCAGCUGGUUGGCUUCUAUGUGGCAGGGUGUCGGGCUUUCUAGAAAAGCCAGGUAAUCUGAAAUUUUAUAGGAAAUGCCACAAAUCCUUGAACUGUAUUGCAGCUCACAGGUCCCCUCUGCCUGAUAUCUGGUGGGUACCAGUAGCAAUAAAAUACAUCCAGCCCUGUGUUCGGAGUGCUAUAGUAGAUGACUGGACACAUUUUUUUUUUGGCACAUAUUACCCUGUUACCCUCACAGCAACCAUGGGAGGUAGGCAUGACCAGCCCUCGUUUUCGUUUUGAGGGAGGUAGAACUCUGAGAUGUUAGGUCGCUGGCCCAAGUCACACUGAACAUUGCUAGAGCUGGUGCUUGUAACUUCACUGUUCUGAUUCUUAAAAACG